AUGAAGUGCAGUUCGUGUAUUGGCGGCGGCCGUCGCAGUCUAUCAAGUAGCGACCAUGAAUCCGCUUCACCAGUGACCGACGGAUUGACAACAGCUGAUCGGGAGUACCUGGCCUCACACACCAUGGCCGCAAGCGGUUCGGAGCGACGGGAUCUUCUGGGUGCGUCGUACCGAGUGGACUCACCGUCGGCCAACAACGGUCCGGAGGAUAGCGGCGCCACAUUGAGGGAACACGAUACGGAUGACUAUCGGCCACCGUCGAUAACGAUAGAGGAGCUCGAUGAUGACCAGGAAGAAUCGGUGCUGAUGGAUCCCCAAACCGUCGGCUACGCCCACCUUCUGCUACCGCCGUCCCUGCGCGCCCCUCUCGAGGUUAUACGCGAGGAAGAGUUGAGCGAUUGUAGUGAUAGUGAAUUUUCCCACCGUCCACCCACCACAACCGACGUAGAUUCCACGGUGAAGCGUGAUGAUCCACCGCCCACGGAUAUGCCGGAUGGGGGAGGUACGGCCCGUGGUGACGCUGUUGCGCACGGUUUGGCCAAGUUCAGUCCAGCGAAGGUACUGCGCGAGAUUCUGCGCUACCGGCGGCGGCGUCACAGCGGCAGCAAUCGAAAGCAUCCGAGCGCCCCUUUCCUACAUCGUCAGGAGCAGCGCCAGGAGCAGACGACGUGUGUGCUGGUGGGCGCGAAGGAGGCCGACAUUGCGCCGCAGGAAUACCGAAGCGUUUGCACGACGGAAACGGUGAACUGCGAGAUGUUGGAGGUGGAAGUUAUCAACAUCGGAUCCAACUCGAGCAGUCUGGACGAUCUUAGCGAUGUGGAGCACGCGGACACAGUAGUGGAGCAGGUGGACGAGGAGCAGGUAUAUGAGAAAUUAGAAUUGGAAGACGAGCACACAACGACCACUUCCGUGCAUGAGAACCGGGGCGAGCAGCAAACGCCCAGCGUGUCCGAUGAUCCGACGGCCGACGAGCAAUUGGACGACCACCCGUCGAAACAAUCACCGAGCGAGAGUAUUACGACGCAAAUCAUCCCGGACUCGCAGGACGUAGAGAUUCACCCAACUUCUUAUGAAGGUGUUGCGUCCUCCGAUCCACCCCUACGGUUGGAUAACACCCACAACAGUUCUCCUGCUGGUGAUCGCGACCUGCAUCAAACAGAGAAAAAUGAUGAUGAGAACGCAGGUCCAAAGAGCGUUGUUCUUCAAGUAGUUCAGGCCGGCUUCGAUGGUUCAUCUAGCAGCUCCGAUGGCAUUCAACAGUUUGUGGCGCCUGCGCAUCCUGCCACAUCGUCUAGUGUUACUGACGACACUACUGGCGACGCGCUGCUCGACAUUAGUAGUAGCUCGGGAGUAGUGCCGGUCGAUCGUGAUCGUGAUCGUGCUUCGGUCGUCGGUGUUGAUGACGAUGAAAGUGUCCAAACCAAAGCGUCGCUAAAUCCAUCCUCAUCCUCAUCCCCAUCCCCAUCUCCUCCAUCGGAGAUCGAUCGUGCCACGCUUAUCGGUGUCGGAAGCCGCGUGAAUCAUUGCGUGCAGAACGGGAAAGGACCACCGCUGCCUCCACUCCGGACAGCCACCAUCAUGUCCAUUGAAGCCGACGACGAGUCGGUUAGUGCAGUAACUGUGGUUAAAAAAGGGCACCGCCCUCCUCCACCUCUGCCACCAGUGCCAGCGCCCCGGGUGGCGGCCAUACCAUUGCCUCCGCCACCAUCGGUAGACGAGGAGGCCACCACCAGCGGCAGCAGCGUGACUCAUUCGGGUCGGUCCCAGCCGCCAGUGGGUGACGCCGGGGAAGGAAAAGACCAGGAGGAAAAGUCCGUCGGUUCCGUAGCACCGCCUCCACCGCCGCUACCGAGCGCCUACCUCGUUCCGCUAACGGUCGAAGCGCUCUCGGUGGGUGCGUCGUCGCCUCAAAAUGGUCAAAUUCAUAGUGGCGAUCAUUCUAGUCAAACUGAUCAUGCAGAUGCUGAUCAGAAUAGUGCGCAAGAUAGUGUCGAUGCAGUAGCAGCGGCGGACCCGAGCAGUCCCGCAACGGCCGAAGCAGUGCACACGGAAGAGUUCAAAGAUGAUCAAAGUGUUUUGUUGAAGUACAUGCAAGAGGACAGUGUCUCCGGUAGUUCGAACCGAAGCGAAACAAUAAAGUCCUCCGACGGUGGUGAUAUUUUUGAGGAUUUCAAACAACGUCAGCGCACAACAGGCCAGCCAACCGACAGCUACUCCUCCGAUCCGGGCGAGAGCAAGGAAGGCCAUGGACCAAAAAUAGAACCGUCUAGUGGCAGCCGUCGUCGCGGUGGACAGUACUUGUGCGAUGGUUUCGAGCCGGCUGUCGUAAGGCGACCAAGGCAAGUUUCUCGAUCGAACGAUCCCGUCCCAGCGGAUACUACUGCUGCUGUUGCUGCUACUGCUGGUAUGGGCGUAAUACCGGGACCGGUGGAACCGAAUCGAUUGGCCAAUACGAAGGGAUCCUCUGGCGGGAACCAGGACAGCUCAUCGCCCGAGCACAAGGCGGCCCUGGUUGCCGAUUUGCGCACCGAAAUCAGUCGCCUCAAAGACGCCGAACUGCAGGAAGAGUUCCUUAAGCUGGAGCUAGAGACGGCCAAGUACGAGCGCGAGUUGCAGCUAAUCACGGUUCCCAAGAGAGAUCCGAAGGUGGCCAAUGGAGUAGGUGGAAGCGGAUCGGCGCACGACAAUCGAACGUAUUUUGUUUCGAAACAGCAGGAUUUUGUGGUCGAACGUUCGCCCAACAAUGGUGCGCCGUUCGGUUCAUCCAGGAUGACCGGUGGUGGUAGGCAGAGAGGGCAUGUUCCCGCCCCACCGCCCGUCGCAGAUGCCAAAGGUGGUACGGCGGAAAAUGAGCAACUCUACAACGAGUGGCAGCAGAAAAUGGAACAACGCGAGGAACGUCGCGUGCAGCGAAUUAUUACCACGGAGCAAUCGUUUUCCCAACAGCAACAGCAACAGGAUGCUGUGUCCGGUGCCAUCCAAGCUCCUGGUGGACCUACUCCGCCUCCACCACCACCACCCACCACCGAUGCGGAUGAGGAAAUCUUCACAAAGAAAGUCAAAGAUCGUGUCCGCGAUCUGAUGGCCUCGCAGGCCGCUGCGGCAGAGGAGGCGCGAGCCAGACAGCGAGGUAGGGUCGUUUCCAGUGCACCUUCCACACCGACCGCCCGGCGGAAGCACAUCGAGGAGGAGUUCCGCGAGUUUAGGGAAAUUCGUCAACGGGAGACGGCCGUCGUGAGUGCCGCCUUGGCCGCGGAAAGUGCCAAAGAGAACGCGAGGCAGCUUGUCGAAGCCGUGAACCAUUAUGCACCAUCGAAAAUCCCUCUGGCAACGUCGUACAAGAAAGUUCCCGGGUUGCAACGGCCGACCCCUGCUGCUCCGGCACCGAAAGGAACCGCCGUUACCAUCAACAGUAACGAUCAAACCAUAACCAGCAGCAUCAACGAGGCCCAAAGCGCUGGCGAAGAAGAAAUCAAAGUAAACGUUGCGGCACUGAUCGCCACGCACCAGGAAAAGCAGCAGCUUCAACAGGUGGUUCCGGUUGCGUCAGGACAGCCGCCGAAGGUUGCUCCGAGCAGAUCGAAUACAGAUGGCCGGCCCACUGAACAGCUGCCGAUUCAGGAUGAGUGCACUUCCGAGCCAACCGUUAGCGUCAGUGACAAAUGUCAACAGUUCGAGCAGCGUAUUCGUCGGAACUCGGAAACGGGAAAGGUGAUCGACAGCAGCAUCGCGCCCACCGUCAGCCGGAAGCCGACCACCAGUGCCUCGGGCCAUCAACAACCGCAAGGACGUGCCGGUACGACCAUUGGUAGCUAUGGAGACUCAGUGGAGUGUUGUGAUACCAAGCGGAGAGGCUUCUGCUCCGAGGCUGAUCUGCUGCAUGAAAUCGAUCACGCACUAGUGCUUGCUAAAGACUUCCUCUUUUCACGCGGCGUUUGGUCACCCUUCAACCGUUCCACCGAGAUUCUCACGAAGGAAGAACUCGCCGAGCGGUCCACGGCGUCCGCGAAGGGCAGAUCGACCGAAAUACAGCAACCCGUCUGGACACCCCGUAGCGCCCCGCCAUCGCCAGCGUCCGAGCGUCGCGAGUUCCGCCCGAUCGGCUUCGAAUCUCCCACCCCGACCCGACGAGUGACGACCCCGUCGCCGGCGACGACUUCCGCUACGGUAGCCGCACCCUGGACGCAACCCGGUUACAAUCCGCCGCUCACCGUUCCGAAGGCUGCUCCACUCCAGACGUCCGCCUCGAAUCCGACGAUCGGAGGAGGGACACCACAUCGUUCGACUACAACGACAGCUCCCACCCCUCCUCCACCGGUUGGCCAACAGUAUCAAGUCCGGUUUGCGCCGCAGCCAAGAUCCAACUCACAGGAACCGACGAUCAACUCUCUACUCAAGUCGAAAGAUGGUAAAACGGCGUCGGUAGGAGUGGCCGAGUCUGGCGAGCGCCUACAGAAAGGCGCCUCCACCACUUUGUCCACCAGUGCCAACAGAUCGGCCUCCUCUUCGACAACAACGACGUCGACGACGACCACGACCUAUCAACAGCAAGGCAACUCCAUUGAUCAACCAGACUCGGGUUUGGAGGCGACACAACACCAACACAAAAUGCAGCAAAUGGCGCAUCAAAAAGUUGACGGAAUCGGGCCGAUCACGAGGGAGGGAAUGCCGCUAACGUUACGAUCUGAAGUCGAUGAAGGGAACCGGGACAAAUGGUACAAGCAAAUGUACCAUACGCUACACAAAGCACAUGAUGAUGACGAUUAUGUUACCGUUCGAUACAAAACGCGUAGAGGAUACCCUUACAAAUCGAGUGGAUACCAAUCGGAACCGGAACCGAACUACGACUCCGACUACACGAUCAAGUACAGCACGCUCGAUCGCAGGAGGACUCCACUGGACUUGAGUCCCGCAAGUUACAGCAAGUUCAACACUUUGCAGUCCAAUCCGAGCCCACCACAACACUUCCAUCAGCCGACGGCCAAGUCCGGGCUUACGUCGUACCGGAACCAGCCGGGAAGGAUAGAGAACUACACCCCAGGACGGUCGUCGAUUUCGGACAAGGAGUCAAAGGAGUGGUGGGAUGAAGUAAUGGAUAUUUUCAACGGGCAACUCGAACAUCAAAAAUUAACCACUAGCAAAACGUACACCGAAGGAAAUCUAUCCAGGGCACUCAAGGAACAAGGGUACGAGAGUGACUCGACGCUAGUGUUUCGCAAGCGGGAACCGCCAGCCAGUGCCGCCUUAAGUCCGGUGGAGCAGAAGCAGUACUACAAAACGAUGCAGGCCGGUGGCGAAAUUCCGCUCCAGGGUUUCCGCAAGCCGGCCCCGGAAAAACCGAAAGAUCGCGCCGAGGAAUCGUUCGACGUGAAGGUGGAAAUUAGCGAAGAGUCCAGCACGAAUCCGUUCCUGCCAAGAGGAGGUGGAGGAGGUGGGGAGGGAAUCACGUGCUAUCCGAUCACCAGCAUCAGCCGUCCGCUGGAUAUGUUCGGACCGUUCCCGAAGGAAACGCGAACCUUCGUGCCGCCGGUUCCGCCGAGUCGCAAGUCUUCGCGCAGCAAUUCGACGCUCAAGAUCAUGUCGCAGGUGAAAACGAACACGUACGAUCGGCGCACCGUCCUCGAGCGGACGACAAGCCACGGGCAGAGUCCCAAGUUUCGCUCGAAGUCUGCUGGACCUACGCCGUUCUUUGUCACCAGCACCUCGAUGAUGAAGGAGGAGAAAAACCAGGAGAACAGCACGCGAAUGGCGUCGAAGCGGUUUGCUUCGUACCGGGUGAGCUCGACCAGUCCCACGGGAGGAGGAGGAGGUGGAGGAGGGUCGCAGGGUCACCAGCGGAAGGCCAGCCCGAGCCCGGUGGCGUUUGGUCGUGGCAUCUCGAAGGAGCGCACGUUUGCCGAAGAGAAGAAGCGCAUCGAGGAGAAGCUGCCCAAGGUGGUGUCCGUGUCGACGAGCAUCCUGCGCAACCCGGAGCUCAAGUCACCGAAUGAGGUGAAGAAAGCGUUGCGUAGCUCCUACCUACCGAUCGUCGGUAGUCCAGGGACAACGAUGGAAAGAUCGACGCUGAGGCGAUUCCCCUCGAACGCAACGUUUCGCAGCGCAUCGAGCGUGUACUCGUCGAGCAAGAGUCUCAACAGUCGCGUCAUGUCCCCAGCGACACCGGGUGGCCACAGGAAGGAGGAGAAACCUUACAAGGUGACCAUAGCGUCAUCUAAAGGAUCAUCAGUGUCGCCCAAGGAUCAUCAGGGACUGAUGAAAAAGUCGCACACAAGGAAACCAAGCCACGCGGAUCGCCGACCGACUGUCACCAUCAAGUCCAGCUUCCAGAAGGCCUCCAAGGCGUUCGGUCUUAAAACGAAAACGCCCUCAACGCAAAGUCUCGCACGCACCAGCUCGACAUAUUCGAUCGAUUCGACCAACUCGAACAAGCGCAAGUCGCGUAUCUGUUACAUUCCGAUCACCACCGAGAAGAACGUCGCUAACAGAGCUCCACCACGUCAGCGAAUGUUUGCGGGAAGUCUCGACCGAGGCCUGAAGUCCCUACGGCGUAUCUCCGGGUCACCGGCGACGGUUCAGGAGGAAUGUUACAGCGAGCGUAUCGUUCGACAGCAGGCGGCGGGUACAGGCAACGUACGCACCGAUACGUUUUUCCAGAACCUGUUCCUCAAAGGUUCAUCUGCGCCCGGACCUGCGGAGACAUCGGACCAAGGAAGUGUGCUUCAGAAGGCACGCCAAUGGAACAGCCUUUCGUGUCGCUCCGAGCCAACGCUGAAGCAGCCGAACUACUAUCUUUCCCAGGCACGGCCCGUCACGUCAUCAAAGUUUAAAAGUUUGGACCGACGGGAAGGUUCUCAUCAGCACACCCCGAUGGUCCGUUCGUUCGAAUGUCGACCCGGUGGGGAGGUGGUCGAACAGGUGAACCGUUUCGAGUCGCUGGUAAAACUGACCGACGAGGAUGAAUACGAUGACGAGGGCCAUCAGCAGUUUGGUUAUGUACGUGGAAGACGUAUGAAGAUCGACUACAGCUUUCACGAGCGUAGCCGCAGCGAACCGACGACGACCACCACGAUGACGACCAAGAGCACCGUCAUCCAGGAGGAGCUGAUCAGCACCAACUCCCCGCGCACAAUCGUCGGACGGCGAUGCGAGGUGACACAACAGCGCACCUCACGCUCACCCUCCUGCCGGCGCAUCCAAUAUCUCAAGGGAAAGGAGGGACAGGUGAAGCGGAUCAUACGCGCUCGCAGUCUCAGCAGCCACAAGGCGGACCAACGUCCACCGAGGGAUGCCCUCGUCCGAAGUCACUCGCUGAACCUCAACCACGAGCCGGUCGUGUCGCGCAAUCGCUUUCGCGAUCUAAACACCUUCUACAACAGUCUCGAGAGGCUCGGGCAGCUUGAGCGGGUAACUUCAUCCUCUUCUGCUGGUGAUUUACGCCCGGUGAGACGAACGCGCGACGAGGAGAUCAUCGACUUCGAUCUCUGGAAGCGUGUGCGGGAUCACGAGAAGGCCGAACGGGAGCUCAAUCAGCUGAAGCACCGGCUGAAGCUGGAUCAGCGUGAAAAGGACCUGUUUUUCUUGCCCCGCGAUCCAGACGAGGUGCGCUGGCGGAGCGACCUGGACACGGGCCUGAGGAACCGCGAAAAGUCGGUCGACGAUCUGAAAUGCCUGCUGAGCCAGCAGACGCUCCACUUCGAGGAUGUGAAGCUGCGCGAGCUCGAGGUUCGCAAGGACCACUACAAACCGCUCUGGCGCGGUUCCUCCGUGAUCGACGUUGCCUCGCAGCUGGAGGAGAAGUACUCGAGCGAAUCGGCGAGCGAAAAACGCACCAACGAGCCGCAAUCGCUGGACAUCAUCAGCAGCAACUUGCUCAGCACGCUGUCCUCGGAGCAGAUGCGCAAGCUGAAAAGUCAGCUGAGUGAAAUUUACAGCGGAAGCAGCACCGGGCAGAAGAAGCAGCCAGCGGUGACCCAGCAGCGGGUUGUGGCGCACGAGGAGGAGUACAUCAUCAACGUUCCGGAGCGGGUCAGCCGGCUUGAGUCGUUGCUGAAGGUUCGCAGCAACUCGGUGCUUACAUCGGAUCAAGUUAACCCGGCUCAGCUCCGGUGUCAGAUGAAGAAACCGGACCUCAAUGCUGAUGGCGGUAAGAAGGCGACGGUAGUGGCAAGCCUACAGAAAACCUUCGAAGAACGAUCGUCGGUGGUCCAAGGGAAGGAACUGGAUCGCGCCACUCUUUCGCGCACACUUUGCCAGGAACUGAAGGAUAAGAUACUGGAGAAGCAUCACACUCUGCCCUCGGUUGGGAAGAAGAAGCGGGACGCCCGACCAUCGAUCCUUCCGGCAGCGACAAGCGCGGUCGAAGAUCGUCGUUUUCUUUCCCUCGAGAGCGGCAUGAAGAAGCUGGAGAGAGAACCCCCAGCGAGCGAAAAGAAGAAGGUCGAAAAGGAGGUUCGCAAGGAGCGACCUCAUUCGUACUGCGACACGGAGAGUAUCUCGUCGGAAACUUCCAACAAAACGGUAAUCUUCCGUAGCGGCCAGCUGCAGGAGCAGUCGGGCGAAGCGGUCGUGGCGGCCGAGGACAUCCGAAGCAAGAUCAAAUACUUUGAGGAAAGGCACACCACCGACGAUACGCCGACGGUAACGAUCUAUCACGCGCGGGAUGAUUCUUCCCCGUCUGAGGACGAGGUACAACAGGAUGAGUCCAGGAAGGAGGGUCCCCGGCACGGCUCGUCGGUAACGCUGUCCCAGUCCUUUACCGAUCUGAAGGAUCUCUUCGGCGAGAAACGGUCGGUGUCCUGCUCGGUGUACAGUGCCGGUCCACCGCCAAGAAGCGUCUCGCCGAAACACUUUACGUUUCGUUCGCGUAGCUCCACGCCCGACUAUGCCACCUGUAUUCAGACGGGUGAAGUGCGGAAGAUCAAGGACAAGUUUGAGAGCCUCGAUGGAAGUAUGCUGCGUCCAGUGGGAACCUACCGGGACGAUACGCCGAUGAACACAUCCGGUGGCGAUCGUCAAUAUCAGAGCGACUCGGAGCUCAACCGGUUCGGGGAAUCCGAACAAAGCAAGACGACCGGUGGUACGAUCGUGCGAGGUCACGAAGCGGGUGAUGUAUCUCGCAUGACGCAUAAGUACGAGGUACAAGCGGCCGGUCGGCGCAAGUCGCGCAAGGACCGCGUGACCUCACCUAUCCCGAAGAAUCCUUUCCGCAAAGACGACCGCUACAUGCCACACAUCAACGUGAUCAGCAAGACGGCCUCUCUGAAGCAGGAAAUCAAACCGACCAGGGUGCCCGCUUCGAAGACGGUACUCCUUCAGUCGACCCAGCUCCAGGACGUCGGACCCGAGCGGCAGAAGAAGAACCAGAGCCGCCGCAGCGCAUCAUCCGGCAGCGAGGAGUUUGAGAAGCUGAAAAGUAAGUUUGAAACGGGUUCCGGUGCUGCCGGCGGUGGCGGCGGUGGCGGCGGGUCCGAGGCGAACCUAUCGCUGCUCGGCAAGAUGUACACCUCGGUGCCGGACGUCCGCGAGCUGAAGGACAUCCCCGGCUACCUGUCCGGCUCCUGGAUCGCCCACCAGUUCCCCAAACCAACCGACAAUGCACGCUCGCUUACCGCACCCGAACAGUCCCCGCCGGGCAAGCAGAUCGUCCGCAAGGGAUCGCGUCCGGCCAGUCCUAAUCAGCACCAUACCCACCAACAACACCACCAACACCAUCCCUCGCUUCGGUCCCAUUCCUCCUCACCGCCUCGUCAGCCCCGGGACGCUAAGACUCACAGCCGAAGUAGCAGCGAUGCCACGGCGAGCUUCCUCCGGCAGUUCUAUUCCAACGGCCACGUCGACGGCGACGACGACGAUGAAAUGCUGCUGAAGCAGAAACAGGCUCGCACCAAAGGGGAACGGUUCGUGUCCAACCAGCAGCUCGAAGCCGAAGCCCUCUGGCGAAAGAUCCAGCUCAUGACGAGCAGCAGAAGCACCAACAACGACAUCGGAUUGGGAGAUACCGCCGCCGGCAAGCCGACCGUUACAUUUGAAGAGUCUCCGAGACGGUACAUCGAAAGCGAUGUCAACAUCCACUACAAGACGCCGAUUCGGUUCGAGUACAAAGAGCCCAUACCGGACGAUGAACUCGCCUACCGGCAGGCGGAGCAUAUGCGCCGCGUGUACCAGGAGGAGCGGCGCCGGAAGUACAUCAACGAGCUCGAGGACAUGCACUCGCGGCGCCACACGGACAACAUACCGCCAUCGCAGAAGUCACCGAUCCCGCUGAAUCGCUACGAUGACUUUGCGGCCGACCUGUCGCCCAAACCGCAGCACGUCCUCAAGCAACCGAAGACGAUCGCACGGGCACUGUACAACUUCCAGGGGCAGAGCAUCAGGGAACUUUCUUUCCGGAAGGGCGACAUAAUCCACCUCCGACGUCAGAUCGACAAGAAUUGGUACGAAGGCGAACAUAAUGCAAACGUUGGCCUGCUUCCAGCAAACUACAUCGAGAUUCUCAACCGAGACAACGUCAACGUCAAACCACUGCCCAAGAAGCCGGUUCGCGAGGGAAAGGCCCGGGCGAAGUUUAACUUUACCGCACAAACGGGUGUCGAGCUGUCGCUGUUGAAGGGCGAGCUGGUCACCCUCACGAGACGGGUGGACGACAACUGGUUCGAGGGUAAGAUCGGCAGCAAGAAGGGCAUCUUUCCGGUAUCGUAUGUAGAGAUACUGACCGAUAUAAAUGGCGAAGAGAGCUACGACAUUGAGCCCAUCGUUCACAGACCACAAUCCGCGCACGGCGUCACCAGCCAACCUACGCACACACUCACCACGCAUUACGGUGCGUCGCACACCAAUGGACGCGUUUCGCCGGGCAUCCUGCGGGAAACGAAAACGGUGCAGAAAACGGAAGUCCUGCACGUCGAUACCUCCAAUGAGCCGAUCUCCUACCGAGCGCUAUACAACUACAAGCCACAAAAUUCCGACGAGCUGGAGCUGCUCGAAGGGGACGUCGUGUAUGUGCUGGAAAAGUGCGACGAUGGCUGGUACGUCGGCACCUCGGCUCGCACCGGCUGCUUCGGAACGUUCCCCGGAAACUACGUGAGCAAAAUGUAGGAGCCCAGCCACGCGGACCAAAACGGAACUACUACCAACCCAUACAAGGCCCACUAGAAAGAGCGCCGAACCUGCGUCGCGUCGCCGUUUCGAAAACAAUCAGACUGCAAAAGGUCAACAGGCACAGAAAAGUUUGGUUUUGGCGACUAUAGGUACACCGUUUUGACCGACGGAAGGCAGCAGCGCACCUUGCCAACAGUAACAGUAGAUAUUUGUGCAGCAGCAAAGAGUAAUACCAAAAAAGAGAAAUUAACCUAAUCAAAGUAGUUCUUGUGCUAGUCAUAGUGGUAUCUGCCGGUCGUAUUGCAAACCCGACAACCGUGAACGAUACAGCAAGUGUAUCGCGAAUGCGCGUACGAAGACCCUUAAACGCCGGAACGUACAACAGGCUGGCUAACCCUGUAUGUUCCCCGCGCGUAGCCAAGCUUACCUAAGAUGCAACUAGUAGGUACCUCCCGGGCCGGUAGAGAUUACGUAAUCACAAUCUUUUAGUAGAACAGAUGUGCCUUCAUUGCAAGCAAAUACGAAUCUAUUUUCGAGGAAACGAUGAAAGGGAAAAGGGUUUUUUUUCUUGAAAAGAUUUCUCAAACAAGAAAGUACAAGGAACACGCUUGCCUCACAGAAAACACAGUCAGUUGGAUAGCAGCAUUAUGGUAGGUGGGAGGAGUUUUAAAAAAUUCGUAGGUCGUUCGAAUCGUAUUUCCUAUUUCAUCCCCGGUAAUAUGCACAAAGUGGAAUUUUUGUUUUGUGUGAACACUGACACUAACAUUUACACCUACAAAAACACAUGGUUAUGCUGCAGCAACAUACAUUGAUGCGAAGCUCGAGCAUACAAAUCUCAUCCCGGACGAUCACUCAGAAAGAUCAGUCGAUCCUCCUCCGAUUUAUGUUUCCAUCAAUUGAAACCAACAUGUGGCAAAUCUGAAAGUUACCGUUCGUUAAAACAGGUUAAAUUCAGGCCAUCCUUACGAACACCUUUGUUCUUAUUCUUGUUACAAUGUGGGGGCGGAAGAUCUGAUAAAAACAGUGUUUAUUUCAGUACUCACUCUCUUUAUAGCUCCAUUACACACAGUUGAAUCAAUAACAUCUAACCUAUGGAGUAGUUUGAAAUGCAUAUUUUAACCUUCAUCUCUGUUCGUUUGCCACAAACGUGGAGAUGGAAACUGAACGAAGUAAUAUUAUCGAUAACUUGUGAAAGGACCUACAACCCAAUACUAAAUUCAAUACGACACUUAACAUUACAUACAUAUAUACUCAUAGAGCAACAACUGCAGAACGUUUUACUGACACGUGAAUUUCAAUUCCGAUGAAUGGAUCAAUAAUAAAAUAA